AUGGCUGCAUCCCCGGACACCAAUAUUGAGCGACUCAAUGGCAAUUGGAUCUUGGUAAUUGAUAAUGCCUUCUACUAUGAGCUCGACGCCAUCGGCGAGAUCUAUUCUGACUGUGUGGAAAUCCAGAAUAAGGAACUAUCAAGCAAUUCGUUUGAUGCCGCCCUGAAGCUGCAAAAAAUCUCUUGGCUUUUACGGAAGGCUCUUUCGUUCGCGACUAUCUAUCUCCAGGUUCUACAAUACCCAAUCAAAGACGGCCAAUCCAGCGAACCUUCAAUCAAGAUCGAUUUCAUACAAACAGCCACCGGUGGACUGUCUGGAACAAAGGAGGAGCGUUUGCUGGAUUGGAAGGAAUAUGAUCACACUGAUUAUUUCUUUGGGGCAGUCAGGGCUUCUAGUCAAUUCGUUUCUGGGGCUCCUGUUAAGGAUGGAUCCAUAAGGCCAGAGUUCGACCUUAAGACAAAUACGACGAGUGCGGAGAUUAAACAAUUUCUGACCGGAGAGAUCAAUGAGGACUGGACCAAGUCAGCUGGUUUCUUGGUCGAGUCAAAGGACGAUGAGGCUGGGGAUAAAAUCCUGGGCUAUUGGGUACACACCUUCGAGCGUAGCGAAAAACUGGACUGGACAGCAGAGCAGAUUUGGGGAUUCGAAAUGAUCGGUGAACUGCGCUACUUCACCCGACGGGUCGUGAUUAUGACAAGCAAAGGCCAGCACAUUUGUCAAAAGCUCGUUUAUGAUUUUGCCGGCUACUAA